CGGUUGACUUCGAUGCGCACGGAUGUUUCGACGCGCAAGUGUGAGUGCUUAGUGCAGCGCGGCAUUGGAAGUGUGUGAGAGUGUGUUCGAGACUAUCGCCAUUUGUGCAAAUACCUACCAGCCGCAGAGUUUCAAUCAGUAGCAGUGGACGACGCGCGAGGUCGCAGGAAAGGAGUAGACCUAGUCGUCUGCCGUUUUCCCUAUCGAAAGACACCAAAUCGUUAAUUCCUCUAUGCCGGCGCUGCUCCACGGUGAGACCUGGGGUUGUGUCGGGGUAGUAGCAGUCGCAGCAACAGAAGCAGCGUCGUCGAGCAAAGGCGGGGGCAGAACGAGAAUCAGAAGCGACGAGGAGGCGAGGAGGACCGCCAGGGAAGAGGACGGGCGUCGGACGAGUGGAAGCGCAGGCGGCGGUCGCAGCGGCGCUAACGAAUCGAGAGUGAUACCUUGCGGAGGAUCUACGCCGAGGAGGGCGCAGGCGCAGAGGCCGCGGGUGAUGUGAGGCUGGCGCGCGCCGCUCGGGGUGAUGCCCUCCAGUGAGCCCCAUCCUCCCCAGUACCACCUUCAACACCACAACAUUCCUCCCUCCCAGCUCCAGCAGCAGCAGCCGCAGCCGCACUCCUCCUCGCCCGGCGUAAUCGGCCAGCAUCAGCAGCUCUACCAGCAGCUGGUUGCAGCCCAGCAUCAGCACCACUUGCAGGGGGUGACCGGCGCCGGUGGCGCCUUUCAAAAUUCCUCCUACGCGCAGGAGAAGCCGGAGAUGAGCCCUGAGGAGGAGGGCGGCCGUGGGGGCGGGUCCCCUCCGGCGGCGGGGGCCGCUCUCCACCAGCCCCACCACCCCAGGACGGCGAGUCCGCCGUCGGGGACGGAGCCCUGUAACCGCGACGCGAUACCGACGCCGACGCCGAUCGUCGUCGACACGAGUGCCACGAGCGCGAUGACGACAACCUCGAUCACCGGGCAGCAGCAGCAACAACAACAACAACAACAACAACAGCAAUCGCAGUCGCAGCAGGGCCCCAGUCCCAGUCCGAGUCCGACGGGGGGUGACGUAGAAAAGUUCGACGGUAAAAUCGUCUACAACCCCGACGGAUCGGCCUACAUUAUCGAGGGUGAGAGCGAGCUCAGCGAGGAUGACUCGCACUCUCUACCCGACGGUUGCAUUGUCGACGGACGCGGUGUGUCGGUGCCGCAUUCACUGGUGUUUCCGCAGAUAGCGAGCGCCUACUACGUGUCCCGACUCUACGCGCACCAGGCCUACCAACAGCAGCAACAUCAGCAGCAGCAACAGCAGCGAUCAUCGUCGCAGCAACAGCAGCAGAACCCCGAUCUCCCGGUCAUGCACAGCUACAGGGUAAUCAGCUACCGGAGUGCCGAGGGUGGCAAGCAGCCUCCGCCUCCCAUCGCGGUGCCUCCUUCUCCCGCCGCUUCGGUCCCCGUCAAGCCGAUCCUCAUGUGUUUCAUCUGCAAGCUCAGCUUCGGAUACGCGAAGAGCUUCGUGACGCACGCUCAGGUCGAGCAUCAGCUCACUCUGAUGGAGGACGAGCGGCAGGUGCUUUCGCACUCCACGGCCUCGGCCAUAAUCCAGGAGGUCGGUCGUGGCAAGCAGGCGCUUGUCAGCUUCCUCGAACCCGUAACAAACUCCACGUGCUCGUCUCAGUCCUCGCCCAAUCAGUCUCAGGGCCAGCAGCAGCCGCGCAUCGACUCGGCGAACGAGCACGAACCCCCGACGACGACCAGCACGCCCGCCACCACCCCCGGGGUACCCAGCAGUCCCCAGCAACCCCAGCAGCAGAGACCGUCGCCGAGUACGCCCACGACACCUACCUCCCACACGAGUCACCCCCUCGUCUAUAACCAUCAGCAAAGUCAGCAGCAGACCUCACAGGUCCAGGGCCAGCACCCUCAGUGGACCGGGGCCCAGGUAAGCGCGGCUGCGUGGGCGAAGAAUGCCGAUCCGACGAACGCCCUCCACUACACGUCACCCCCGCCGAGCACGAAGGGCUCGCCGUCGUCGUACGCGGCUCUGACCCAGCAGCCCCCGAACUUCCUUACCGGAACGACGAUCGGCGUAUGUCCGGAACACAUGCAGGGACGACCGAGCGGCGUCGAGUGCCCAAAAUGUGAGCUUAUUUUAGCUAGUAGUCGCCUGGCCGGACCCGGCGGACCCCUCGCUGGAAUUCACAGUCGUAAUUCGUGCAAGACGUUGAAAUGCCCGAAGUGCAAUUGGCACUACAAGUACCAGGAGACGCUCGAGAUUCACAUGAAAGAGAAACACCCCGAGAGUGAGACGUCCUGCAUAUACUGCAUCGCCGGCCAGCCUCAUCCCCGGUUAGCCCGCGGUGAGACUUAUACCUGCGGCUACAAGCCGUACAGAUGCGAGGUGUGCAACUAUUCGACAACGACGAAAGGCAAUCUCAGCAUUCACAUGCAGAGCGAUAAACACCUCAACAACAUGCAGGAGCUUCAGCAGGGCGGCGGUGCAUCUAGCACCAGCAACCCUUCGUCAUCCCAGGAUGCACCGAUGCCCACGCGGAGUCCUCAUCAUCAGCAGAAUCACAGUCCUCACCUAACAAGUCAGACCAGUCAGCAGGGAAAACCUAAGCCUACCUUUCGCUGCGACGUAUGCAAUUACGAGACAAACGUAGCAAGGAAUCUCCGGAUACACAUGACGAGCGAAAAGCACACGCACAACAUGCUGGUACUACAGCAAAAUGUUAAGCACAUGCAAACCUUGUCGGUGCUUCAGUCGCACCAUCAGCAACAAGCACAGCAGCAUCACCAUCAGCAGCAACAACAGCAACACCAGCAGCAGCUCGAACAGCUUCUGCAUCUCGGGGGACUCGACAAACCCCAACAUGCCGAGGCGGCUCUGGCUGACAUGGCCUACAACCAGGCUCUUCUUAUACAGAUGAUGACCGGGGGCCAACUUCCGCCCCAGCUUCCGCCGGACCUCAUGGGCGGUAUGACCGGCAUGGGGGCCAUGGGCAACUUGGCCAGUGACGUCGGCCUCUCGCCAGACAGCAUGGAGCCACCGCCAGAGCCCGCGGACCCCGAUCCGGCCCACCUCUACCACUGUUGCGUCUGUAACAGCUUCGCAACGGACUCGCUUGAGGCCCUGGGCCAUCACCUUGCCGCUGACAGAACGCGGACCAGAGAGGGCGAGAUCCUGGCUCUGGUAGCCGGGCAUUUCGUCUGCAAACUAUGUUCCUACAAGACAAACCUUAAAGCGAACUUCCAGCUGCACUGCAAGACCGACAAGCAUCUUCAGCGGCUGCAGCAUGUGAACCACGUGAAAGAAGGCGGACCAAGAAACGAGUGGAAACUGAAGUACGGAAUGGCCUCGCCGACCGGUGCUGCUCAGCUCCGGUGUCACGCUUGCGAUUACUACACUAACAGUGCCCACAAACUCGCCCUGCACGCAGCAUCUCCGAGGCACGAAGCAGCGGUUCUUCUUCUCCGACACCUCAUUGACGCCAGCGCCAACACCCCGUCACCCGGCAAGCUUUAUCACUGCGCUCUUUGCGGGUUCAGCGCCAGGCAUCGACUCCCGCUUCUUCAGCACGUCAGGUCGCUCAGGCACCUUCAGAUGGAACAGCUCCACCAGCUUCACAGGAGGAGCGGCGUUCAGGGAUCCGAGGCGCCGCACACUGACAUCGGCGACGUCUUCCAGGUUGUGCCUGAUCCGGAUGUACCCCCGGCACAACAGCCCAGUCCCACCGCACCGUCGACACCGACAGCUCCAAACGCUACUAACGAGCGGCGAGAGGAGGGCAGUGACUGCGGGAGCGAAGUGAAGCAGGAACCGGACGUGGACCAGGACGGCGACCAGGAGGCUGACACCGAGCAGGAGGAAAUCUGCUGCCCUUAUUGCACCUACCAGCCGACCUCAAGGGACGAACUGAGGCAGCACCUCCAAGUGGCCCACGUUCAAGACUCCGAGGAGAAGCCGGAAGGUGUGAAGGAAGAGUCUGUUCCGGACCUGCUUUGUCCCCUUUGCCAAGACGGCUUCAAGGAGCGAUCAGCGCUCGAGAGGCACGUCAUGCAGAUACAUUCGGUUAACGCCGACGGCCUUCAGAGGCUUUUACUCUUAGUGGAUCAGAGCCACUGGCUUAAUAACAAUCCCAGGAGCACGUCGACCCCCGCGGCGACGCCGACGUCACCGACCACCGUAAACAGGCAGCAGCAACCGCACCAGCAGCCGGAAGAGGAAGGUAACGAACGCGGCGGUGGCGACGAAGUCGAGGAAAUCGCGAGGUGCAAUGUGUGCGGAAGGAUCUGCCGCUCCUUGGAGGAGCUGCAACAGCAUCACCGAGAAGCUCACCCCGCCACAACGCCGACUCUAGCUGUGAGCGAGAAACACGUGUACAAGUACAGGUGCGGCCAGUGCAGUCUGGCGUUCAAAACGCUUGAAAAACUCCAGCAGCAUUCGCAGUACCACGCGAUACGAGACGCGACCAAGUGUGCCCUGUGCGGGCGUUCCUUUCGAUCAGUUCAGGCGCUUCAGCGCCACCUCGAAGCCGCCCACGCUGACCUUCACGAGGACGAGCUUGCCCAGUACAAACAGAGCCUGCUGCACGCUCAUCCUCUGCUUCAGGCACUGACUGAGGAGGCGCUGAAGAGGCAAGCCAUCAUGGGUGAACAAACUGGUGACGAAGACUGCGUGAGAGGUGACGAGGAGGAGAGUGAUGCCAGCGACUCGUCGCCGCUUCACAAGGAACAGAGACUUCUCGAGGAUUAUUUGAACAGCCAGCCUGUUGCUGAAGACUCAUAUCACGAUCCGGGACGCAAGUUCAAGUGCCAUCGGUGCAAGGUCGCAUUCACACGGCAAAGUUAUCUCACAGGUCAUAACAAGACUCUGCUUCACAGGAAAGGAGAGAAAAUGUCAUACCCGAUGGAGAAGUAUCUCGAUCCUAACAGACCUUACAAGUGUGACGUGUGUAAGGAGAGCUUCACGCAAAAGAACAUUCUCCUAGUUCACUACAACAGCGUAAGUCAUCUUCACAAACUGAAACGCGCUAUGCAGGAACAAGGCAAUAACAAUACCCUGAUAUCCGUCGUGCCGCCAGCCAGUCCCACUGAGUCCCCGGACUUGCAGCAGGACCAGGACAAGAAACCCUACAAGUGCAACAUCUGCAAAGUCGCCUACUCCCAGGGAAGUACGCUGGAUAUUCACAUGAGGAGCGUUCUUCAUCAGACUAGAGCCAGCAAACUUCCCGAUCUCGCGGCUAGCGGUCAGCUUGAUCUGGGACGACCGUUGAUCGAGCAACCAUCUCCCGCGAGUCCCAAUAGCCCACCGUGCAGCACCGGAAAUCUGACAGUGAAUGCCAACAGUAAUAGCAAUAACGGAAACAUGCUGUCCUGCCCACGGUGUAGCGCAUUGUUCGUUAGUCAAGAACAACUCGCCACCCAUCAGCAGCUCUACUGUAUAUUCAGCAAUCCUCUGGCGCUGUUUCAACAGCUGGCUGCCUCUCAGCAAAUCGUUUCAUCCGGUACCGCGAAAUCACCACCACCGAUAACGACGACCCCUGGCCCGCAGCACGUGCAACAACAACAACAACAACCCCAACAAUCCGUGGCACCAAUCGCUCAAGACAUUUUGUCCCAACCGAGACACAAGACUUCACAAAUGUACAAACACCUGUUGGAAAGCUUCGGCUUUGACCUCGUGAUGCAGUUCAACGAAAAUCACCAAAGACGCCAACGGAAGGAAGAGGAGGCGGCGGCUGCACUUCAGGCCCAGCAGGAGCAGCAGAAACAGGAACAGCAAAAGCAGGCCUUGGCCGCGCAAGCUGCUCAGGAGCGGGAAGAAGAAGGCGAGGAACCGGGUGACGAGGAACCGAUACCCGAGUUGACUCGCAGCACAUGUCAGCACUGCAAUAAAGAGUUCAGUAGCGUCUGGGUCCUGAAGGCUCACUGCGAAGAAGUUCACAGGGACCUCGUGCCCCGCGAAUUCCUCGAAAAAUACGCGCAGCAGUUCAAAUGCGAGUACGAGAAGAAGUCCGUUGUCGUCACCGCCGCCACUUCAUCCUCGACCACCACGGCGCCCCGGAGCUCGACGCCUGCCUCGAGUCUUCCGCAAGAUCUUAGUCCUGACAAAGAUCACCGUGUUGACAAGGAGAAGGACGAAAUUAUUGAAAGUAAAGAGUCCACCAGCCGAACUCCCGAGGCGACGUCGACGACACCUGCGACGACGCCGGCACUCAGUAACACGCCAGUUUCCAGUACCGACUCGACGACCCCGACUGCUCCCUCCGCUAAUCAAAUCCACGUACAACAGCAGCAACAGCAGCAGCAACAACAACAACAACAGCAACAUCAGCAACAACAACAACAACAACAGCAGCAGCAGCAGCAGCAACAUGCUCAAAUGACGCUCGCCCAACAAAUGUCGGAAAUGCAGGCGGCCCUCAAUGCCAUGGCCGCGUCGCAACUUCAGCAACAACUUCAGCAGUAUCCCGGACUUAUGAUGGGUAUGAUGGGUCUUCCUCUAGGCCUGAACGUUCCGGCUCUCGCGGCCAUGAAUCUUCAGCCGCCGCUAGUUCCUAUUAUGCUUCCUCCGCCACCGUACGAGGGGGCUUCUAGCGGCUAUCCGCCGAUCAAUGCUCAGGCCGACAUUCUGGCCAAGCAACACUUGGCAUUACAGCAACAGCAGGCUGCUGCGGCUAACGCCGCCGCGUCGCAGAAGCGGGCGAGGACCCGAAUAACGGACGAACAGUUGAAGAUCCUUCGAGCUCACUUCGAUAUAAACAACUCACCGGGGGAAGAGCAGAUCCUUGACAUGGCUGCGCAGAGCGGUUUGCCACCGAAAGUGAUAAAACACUGGUUCAGAAACACUCUGUUCAAAGAACGACAGCGAAACAAGGACAGUCCGUACAACUUCAACAAUCCACCAAGCACGACACUGAAUCUUGAGGAAUACGAGAAGACCGGCGAGGCUAAGGUCACGCCGUUGAACUCAAGCGUCUCCGGCAGCAGUUCAGCCGACGACAAGAGUCCGAACAAGCAGGCGUCGCCGUCACCCGCGCCCACCUCUGCCAUUACGACAUCCCAGCUACCCGAGGUCAAGCAGGAAGUACCCGAACCAUCGCCUCACUGCCAACAACAACCGCAAACAAUGCCUCCAUCCCACGUGCAGCAUCCGGACGAACCGCAGCACCAUUCGCCCGGCAGCUCAGGGGGCCAACACUCUCGACCGCAUUCGCCUGCGCUUAGCAUGAGCUCCGUGUUCUCCGGGCUUCAUCACGAUCUCUCGAGCCUCGCGCCGACGACCACAACCAACAUCCCCAGCACGCCGAUGCUCCCGCCGAAAUUGACUCCGCAGAAUUUCGCCAGCCCGACGCCAGGUGCCGGUGGAGUUGUUCCUGCGGCGAUGGCUGCGAUGGCGUUGACGCCGCAGAGGUCAUUGAGUCCGGGAAGAGGUCCGGCGGAUUACUCGUUCGGCGGUAACAGCAACGGCAGCAAUUCAUCGGGUGGUAGUUCAGGGAAAAGGGCAAAUCGCACGAGGUUCACGGACUACCAGAUAAAGGUACUGCAAGAGUUCUUCGAAAACAACGCCUAUCCGAAGGACGAUGAUCUCGAGUACCUCAGUAAGCUCCUCAGUCUCAGUCCACGUGUGAUCGUCGUGUGGUUUCAAAAUGCUAGGCAGAAGGCACGUAAGGUUUACGAAAAUCAGCCAGCCGCUGAGCCUGUCACCCCCGGCGGCAGGGACGGCGACGACGGUGCUGGCCGAUUCCAGAGAACGCCUGGGCUCAACUAUCAGUGCAACAAAUGCUUGCUCGUGUUCCAACGGUACUACGAGCUCAUCAGACACCAGAAGACCCACUGCUUCAAAGAGGAGGAUGCCAAACGCAGCGCUCAGGCUCAGGCUGCCGCGGCCCAGGUCGCGGCCGUUCUUAGCUCGGAGGACAGCAACAGCAGCUCGACCACAACCACCAACGCAACCCCCGCAAAUCCACCCAACGCUCCGGCCCUCGCGGAGCAGCUUCAGCAACCUCUCGCCACUACCACAACGCCACCCCAUCAUCAGGUACAACAGAUUCCGCAACAAGUUCAGCAGCAGACACAGCCACAGCCGAUUCAACAGCCGCAGCAACAGCAGCAACAACCGCAGAUCGCGCAGAGCGAGCCGAAGGAGGGGAGCUUCCAGUGUGACAAGUGCAAUUUGAUGUUUGGACGGUUCGAAUUGUGGCGAGAACAUCAGCUCGUUCACAUAAUGAACCCUUCGCUUUUUCCGCCUGCCUAUCCACCCGAUUCCCCAUUCGGAAUUUUACAACAGCAAGCCCUGAACGCAACGAGCGGCGUGACCACGGAAACACAGCAUCCCCUGAUAGCCAUGAUGCAAGAUCGGAAAAGAAAAUUUGAUGAUUUUGAGGAGGGUACCGGGUCCGAAGGUCGCGCGACUUCCGAGCACUCCGAACAGCCCAAAGACAAACGACUGAGAACUACGAUUCUGCCGGAGCAGCUGGACUAUCUCUACCAGAAGUAUCAGGUGGAGUCGAACCCCUCGAGAAAAAUGCUCGAGACGAUAGCUCGGGAGGUCGGAUUAAAGAAGCGUGUUGUUCAGGUCUGGUUCCAGAAUACGCGAGCCCGCGAGAGAAAAGGCCAGUUCCGGGCGCACAGCCAGGUCAUCAACAAGCGGUGUCCCUUCUGUCCGGCCCUCUUUAAAGUCAAAUCUGCCCUCGAGUCCCACCUGAGCAGCAAGCACGCCGAUCAGGUAGCGCGCGGUGAGGUCAACAUCGACAACAUACCGGACGAGGAACUAUCUAUGGAGUCGGCCCCCUCGAAUCCAAGCACGCCGAACAUGAUGCCGCCGCUUUUUCCACCCUUCAACACCGAGAUGGAAGCCUCCCUGAAGAAAUACUACGAAGAGUCGAUGAAACGGUACAUUAGCGAGCUUCAGGCCCACACCAGCAACGGGAAACAGGAUACCGGUACCCAACAGACUACCAGCACAGGCGAGUCUCCCCUCGACCUCAGCAAGCCGGUCGACCUUAGCAGGCCGGUCAAACUGAGCCUUGGGGGACUCAGCGGACUCCUUGACGAGCAUCACGGGAGCCAUCUAAGAAGUGGCAGCGACUGCGGACCCCUGACCGACCUCUCGGAGCGCAGCAUGUGCGACGAGGACAGCAUGAGCGAGACCACAGAGUUCCUGGACGACGAGAGUGGCCCCGCGAGUCCCGCCUCCAGCACCCAGAGCUCGAGGCACGGGGCAGCUGGGGGCGGCAGCGGAGGUCAACUGGGGGGCGGCAACGUCGGGGGCAGUCAGAGCGGUGGCGGUGGCGGUGGAAAACGGUACAGGACCCAGAUGUCGGCGACCCAGGUGAAGGUGAUGAAGUCCCUGUUUUCCGACUACAAGACGCCGACGAUGGCCGAGUGCGAGAUGCUCGGGCGCGAGAUCGGCUUGCCGAAGCGCGUCGUCCAGGUAUGGUUCCAGAACGCGAGGGCCAAGGAAAAGAAGGCUCGCUUGGCGGCAGGUCUGCCGGCCGAGGGUUCGGCCGUGCCGCCGCAUCGGGGACCCACGGGGCCCGACGAGUGCCGGCUCUGUGGGGUCCGGUACUCGCCCAAGUCCCCUCUUCAGGAGCACGUCUUCUCCAGGCGGCACAUCGAGUCGGUGAGGGUCGCCGUCGAAGACGGCACCCUUGUGCCGCCGACACCCGGUGCCCCCAUCCUCCCGGCCAGCGUCGCGGCCGCGAACGCCAAUUCAGCUGUUUCCGGCACGACGCCAGCCAGUCACCAUCAGCAGCAGCAGCAACAACAACAGCAGUCCGACGAGAACAUGAUGUACGGAUCCUUGUUUCUUCAUCCAACUGCGAUGUUUCCGCCCCAGCAACAGCAGCACGCUAGUGGCACCGUGCAGGCUACACCGGCCACCACUACCGCUGUAGCGACCCAAAGUCAAUCUGUCAGUCAAGGCUCCGGAGGGCCGUUGAUGUCGCUGCAGGUGGAGGGCGGAACGCAGGUCCAGGUGCCGCGGGCGUUGAUGCAGGCAUUCCUGCAGCAGGACCCGAACCACCCUGGUCUCGAGACAGUGCGUUUGCCGGGUGGUGACGCGGGGGCGGCGAUGCCGCCGCACUGCAGGGAGGUGGAGGCGGAGCUGUGCCUGGUGUGCAGACGUUGCGGCCGAGCCUAUCCGUCGGAGUCGUCGCUUCUGGCGCACCAGCGUUCGUGCUACCUGGGCCACCAGCAGCGUCGAGGAGCACUGCGGCUGGUGCAACAGCGGUUCGCGUGCACUCUGUGCGGUGACAAGAUGAGCGGAUCGUCAUCCUCGCCCUCCGCGUCGACGUACCAAACACUGGUGGACUGGCGACGGCACGCGGAAUCGCCUCAGCACCGUGGACACCUUGAAACGGGAGUGCGUUUCAGCCCGGGGAUUCAAGUUCAGGGUAUGAAUCCGCUCCCGGGAGAGGAGGUGAACCCGUUGACGGACGAGAUGGAGGACGUGGUGAACCAAAUAACGCUGCUGGCGGCGCGGGCGGCCGCGGAAAGCACCACGACGACCGGAAGUGGCCAGGGCGCCAAUCAGGACAACAACAACGGACCGGAAGCUAAGCGGCAGAAGCUGAUGCAAGAGGUCGCUGCAUUGGCCGGAGCGCGCUAAGACGCCACCUGGCGAACGGGGGUGUUUUCGUUGAUCGCCUUCGACGCCGCGCCCCGUUGCAGCCCCAUUGCGACCCUGUGAGGUAAAGACACACGUCUCAUGUACCUAUCACCCAUCCAGCCAUCGAUAUGGCGUUUGCCUAGUUUAAUGCGACGCGUAGAGGUGCGGGGAGUGGUGGCUCAUCGUCAGCCGUUUACCCUCCCCUCCAGCCCUCGCAUACGGAAACUUGACUUGUCUGACGAGAAAUAUCCUUUCUCGUUUUCACGCUGUACACCAUCAGCCGCAAGCUUAUGUCUGCCACUGACUACAUCGAUGUUGCGAUAUACAUAGACAGCCUAUGUAUGUGUAAUACGUAUGUACGGUGUGGAAGACAAAAAAGAGAAAAAGAACGGAAAAAAAACAACAAAAAAAAAUAUAUAAACGACAGCCUCAACUUGUGUACUGUAACAAAACAUUGCACCCUGUGUAACCUUAUAAAAUUCAAUUACAUUAUACGGUAACGUGAUAAUUGUCUGUUAUUUUUGUAAUGGUUAAUUCGUUCUUCGUACCGCACUCAAGAAUUUUCGACGCCAGCGUAUGUAUACAUAUAUGUAUAUAUAUAUAUAUAUAUAUAUAUAUUCGUACAUAUAUUAUAUAUGUAUAAACAUAUAUAAUUAAUGUGAAUCUCCUACACGUCA